AUGGCGCCUCUCGGAGUAGCCAUCCUGGGUGGCGGUAUCUUUGCAAGGGAAGAGCACAAGCCUGCCGUCGACGCCAGUCCAGAUCUCGACCUCAAAGCGGUCUGGUCACGGUCUAGCAAAUCAGCCAAGACUCUCGAGGUAGACGAGAGCAAGGUCAAUGUAUACGCCGAGGAUGCUGGCACCGGCAAAAGCCUCGACGAUCUACUCGCUCGCUCAGACAUUCACGCUGUCAUCAUUGCACUUCCCAUCAAGAAUCAGCCCGAAUAUAUCAGAAAGGCCAUCAACGCUGGCAAGCACGUCCUAUCAGAGAAGCCUAUCGCGGAGAACAUGCAGGACGCCGAAGCACUCCUGACAUGGUACCGUACCGAAGUCGACACCAAGAAGGUCACGUGGGCUGUUGCUGAGAACUUCCGCUACUUGGCCUCAUUCAACAAAGGUGCCGAGCAGGUCAAGGACAUGGGCAAGCAGCUAACGUUUCGGUGCCGCAAUCAGCGCAUGGUCACGGGAGGCAAGUAUUUUGAGACCGAAUGGCGCAAGAAUCCGACUCACCAGGGCGGAUUCCUCCUCGAUGGUGGCGUCCACGAUACCGCAGGCCUGCGGCUACUAAUGGGCAAGGACAACCCAUUACUCUCUCUAUCCGCCCACAGCGCCCAGCUACAGCCUCACCUACCUCCAGUCGAUACAAUCGAAGCUGUAGCUAAAGCCAAGAACGGCGCCGUCGGGACGAUCAGCCUCUCGUUUGGAACAACGCAGAAGGGUAGAGUCUGGGCCGUGGGCUGCGAGAAAGGGUAUGUCAGCGUCUCUGGCUCGACAGUCACUGCUGGGGACAAGACAUGGGAGAUCGAGGACGAGAAGACUGGUGUGCCUCCAGAAGUUCGUGCUUGGGGCAAGGCGCUUGUGGCGGGAACGCCGGAUCCGAUGCAGGCUCCUGAGGAGGCUAUGGCUGAUUUCGAGCUCAUUGAGGCUGCUCUGCGGAGUGGUGAGCAGGGUGGGAAGGCGAUUCAGUUGAGGCAUCAGGAGUGGUAG